AUGGUAUAUACAAGGGUUGGUGUUUGGAUACCUCAGUGCCCCCCAAAGAACUGGGAGGCUAGGUCGUGGUCUGGAGAUGGAGACGGCCAUCAGGAGCACUCCACUCAACUGGGGUUGCCUCUUGCGGCUCACUCGAUCGAGCUUGCUCUUGACUCGAUCGAGUUGUGCUUCGAGUUAGCCACUCGUCUUCCUAAAACCUGCUCCUGAAAGUCUGAGAGCGAGAGAUUGAGGGAGGAAAGGAGAACCAAGAAGAGGAAUGACCCCAUUAGUAGUGAGAGUGAGCAAGGAGAGUUUGAGAUUGGGGUGAACCUUGUUCAAGAGGAGGGUGAAAUAGCUCUCCAAGUGAAGAAGGAAGUGAUGAGACUGAGAGUGAAGAGGAAGGAGAAGAGGUGA